UGAUUCAUUAGACAUUUAUUGUUCGCAUAAGGGGCUACCCUUUGCAGGUGGCGACCCUCUCAUUCAGAGGGUAAAUCUUACCCUUUUACAUAAUUGUUUAGGUAGAUAUGAAUGCACAGCGUUUAUCCAAAAGUAAUUCCUACUUGUUAUUCUAUAAAAGUUACAAUCAAUUUGUGUAUACAAGGUGCAUAGUUGUCCUUAUACACUGCAUGUGUAUAAGGACUAUCAGUACCGGCCCGAGGCAAGUUUUAGGAUGGAACAAGAUCCUAUUAUGGCACCCCCUUGGUUGUCCCUAAUCUAUACCCUUUAAUUUUCUUUACUACUUAGGCACCCCCUAGGACUUAGCGCCUGGAACGGCUGCUCCGUUCACCCUAAGGUAGGGCUGGCUCUGAGAACUACUAUGCGACAUACAACAUAUGAUACAGUAAUGAGUGUAGCUUGAAGACAGGAAAAUGAGAUAUAUACAUGUUAUAAAUGCAUGAGAAAUGAAUGAGAUCACAUGUAUGAACAUGUGAGAAAUACACAUUUUACAAUAUUGGCUUGAUAUGCACAUUAACAUUCCAAGUUUUCUAUCCAUGGUAUUCGUGUAUGCAAGAUGCCCCUUCGUACUAAUUUAAAUCGGUCGUGCUCUACAACUUUGUAAUUGUAAUUAACUUUUUUCUGUAUUGUGCAUAAUUUUUGAGAUAGAACUGCUAACUUCAGAAUUUUACCACUAGGGGUGCUGCAAACAGUUACAUCUUGUAGCGCAUAGUCACUUUACCAUGAAUUUAUGUUCACGACUAGCUGUUUAUGUUUGUCAGUUCUGUGGGUGUAUAAGACCUUUACUUUGUAUCCUGUAUAUAAUAAAUAUGCAGUAUAUACAAAUUUAUACUUUGUGACAGUAAAACCACACAAGAAAUGCUAUAGUUUUUUACUUGGCUGCCUGGUCACAUAGGAAUCCAAGGAAAUGAAACAGUUGACAAACUCACAAAACAAACAAACUGUAAUCAGGCAAGAAUGUUUUGACCAUAGCCAUAGAUUUAUACAGCCAUAAAAACAAAUACAUGUAUGACAAUGGCAAGAGGAGUAGGACAAGCAGCUAAAUAACAAACUACACACUAUGAAACCAGACUUAACAAAAUGGACAAUUAGCCAGCAGAAAAAUUGAAAAGAAGAAAUUGUACUUGCUUGACUGAAGAGUGGUCACAUGUGACUCAAACAGCUGUCUGAUAAUGAAGAAUAUCCAAAUUUACAAUUAAUAUGCUCACCUUCUCAUACUCCACUUAUGGUUCAACACAUACUACUAACCUGUCCCCAAUAUAAAACAAGCAGAGAUUAUUUCCAACAAUAAAUAUUCCUUGGUGACAACAAAGUUCUUUGUAUGUUACUAGCUGACAAUGGACAAAUUUAAUCUAUUAUGGCCUAUCUUCAAGCAAAAAACCUAUAUUUUGAGCUCUAAAUGGAAUAUACAAUAGAAAGAUUUAUGGAUUCUUAAAACAACCAAAAGAAUAUUCAAAUACCCAAAUGCCUAGACCUGGUACUUUUUGGCUUACUAAGACCCUUGUACCAUACAUCCCAAACCUAACCAACCAUCCAACAAAUUUAUACCCAAAUGAUGUGUAUAAUAAAUACCUAAAUUUAAUUUUUACCAAUAAAUUAUUUUAGGAAACCAAAUGCUGUAAAUCUUCCUCCAAAAGAAGUUCAAGAAAUUCCACGUAAAUUACGUGAGUUGAUUAGACUGAAGAAUCUUGUGAAAGAAAACAAGAUAAAAAAGAAGAGAAAGAAAAAGAAAAAGGGAGACUACAUAACUGUUAAAAGUGAUAAAGAAAAAGAACAAGAAGGAAUGACAAAUCCAGUGAAAUAUAUACCGGAUAAAAUGAAACAGAGGGAAAAUGAAACGGAAGAGCAUUUCAUUUGGAGGAUUAAUCGACUAGUCAGUCAGUCACUUGUGGAGGCAGAAAUUGACCGAAAAUAUGGUGUUGAUGUUUUAGAAAAAAAUGAAACAGUAAAGAAUGACAAAAAGUUAAAAAAUAAACAGUUGAAAAGAAAAUUAUCACAACAGAAGAAAAAAGAGAAAAAACUAAUGAAAAUUGAAAACAAAAAAGAUGACUUUGAAGAAUUUAAAGAUGAAAUAAAAUUUGGAGAAGUUGUAAAAGAACCCCCAAAGUUGACAUGUUUGAAACAAAUUACUAAAUUUGUUAAAUAAUCAGAUAUAUCGGAAUAUCUUGAUUAUGGGUGUAUAAGAAAAUAAAAACGAAUGAGGACUGUACAAUGGCA